AUGUUUCUGUCAUCUUUGAUCGCAGCCUCCGCGGCACUCGUCAGCACCGUCGCAGCCUAUGCCGACCCUGGCGCCUGUUCUGGCGAAUGCUGGACACACGAUCCAGCCGUCGCUCGUCGAAGUGACGGUACUUACUUUCGCUUCAGCACCGGUAGCAAGAUUGGCAUCUACAGCGCCUCUUCGCUAUCCGGCCCUUGGACGCUGCAAGGUUCUGCCAUUCCCUCCGGUUCCUCAAUCGACCUCACUGGCAACGAUGAUUUGUGGGCUCCCGAUGUCUUGCUCGUCGACGACACGUACCACCUCUACUACUCGGUCUCCUCGUUUGGAUCGCAGGACAGCGCCAUUGGGUAUGCGACUUCCACGACCCUCGAGUACGGGAGCUGGACCGAUCACGGUUCAACUGGCGUCAAGUCCAGCGCGGGCAAGGACUACAACGCCAUUGAUGCUAGCGUAAUCACGGCUGCUGAUGGAAACUCGUACAUGGUCUUUGGUUCCUUCUGGGGCGAUAUCUACACGACCCAGCUCAACUCGGGCGCAACCAAGAAUGCCGGAUCUGCCACUCAAAUCUCCUACACGUCCGAGGGCACAUCUGCUCGUGAGGGAGGUUUCAUGUAUUACCGCAGCGGUUACUACUAUCUAUUCUGGAGCGAGGGCCAAUGCUGUGGCUAUGAUUCAUCCAAACCCGCCUCUGGUGGCGAGUACAAGAUCAUGGUCUGCCGGUCCAGCAGUCCCACUAGUGGUUUUGUCGACUCGUCCGGCACUUCCUGCACUUCAAAUGGUGGCACCGUGGUCCUUGAGAGUCACGGCACCGUCUAUGGCCCCGGUGGUCAAGGCAUCUUUGACGACCCCACGUACGGAGCUGUCCUAUACUAUCAUUAUGUCGACACGACAGUUGGAUAUGCUGAUGGUGACAAGAAGUUUGGUUGGAACACAAUCAGCUGGUCGACUGGUUGGCCCACCGUUUAA